AUGUGUGAAAGUAUGAUCGUUUUGAUAAAAUUUAAUUAAAAGAUAAUGAAUUGUUAAUAAAUAGUUUUAUAUAUUAUCAAAUAUGUGGCCUUUAAUUCAGUUUAGCAUGAUAUAACAUUGAAAGAAAUAUUGAGAGGAUAAGAAAAACCCUGAAUAGACUAGGAGGGUCUUUAAUUGAAGAGGUAAGAAAGAAAUAGGACUUUGCUGACAUUGAAAAUUCCCGGGUUUUUGAAGAAGAAAAAAAGGUUCAAAUUAAAGAAGAGGACUUGUAUGGAAAAUCAUUUUAUCAGAAAACAGGGAAGUAUCCAGAGAAUGAGAUGUGGGAGAUGAAAAAGAUGUUGGAUUUUGAAAGGAAAAGAUCAGAAUUCCUCGAAGAAAAGGUUAAAGCCAAAGAUGAGUCAUUAAAAGAUAUGAUUAUCUUGCAGCAUGAACUCGAAGCAACAAUUGAAAUGCUGAAGCAAAGAAAUGCUCCUCAAACGACUAAUUGUGACAAAAGAAUUGGAAUUCUUGAAAGAGAGAUUGAAAUAUUCAAAGAAAAAAUAAAAGAAAGAGAUCAAAAGCUGAAAGGGAAAGAUGAUGAAAUUACACAAAUUUUAGCAGAAAAAAGCGAAUUGAAUUUUAAGCUCAAUAUAUUCUUUAACUCCUUAAUGCAAUAUAUAAAUCCCGCAAAAAUAAUUCUUGAAUAAAACUGAAAAAAAAUGAAUAAAAAUUGUUUAAAAGAGUAAAGAAAAUAGUGAAUUAAAAUGCCAGAUAAAGAGUCACCAAACAAAAUAUGAAGAACUUGAAAAAAUUUUAAAUGGAAAGAUUUCGGAUAUAAAAUUAUUACAAGGUAACUUGGAAGAUGCAAAGAAAAGAUAUUUGAACGAAAUUGAGAUUUCUAAUGAGCUUAGAAAUGAAAUUUCAACAAUGACGAUUUCCCUCAAUGAUAUUUCAAAGACUAGGGAGCAUGACAGUAUUCUUGCAGAGCUCGACCCUCAGCUCAAAUGAAAGAACUCAGAAGACAAGAUUUUUAUGAAUGAAAGUACAAAACCUGCAAUAGAAUCUUAUAGUUCCACAAAUAAAGCUGAAAACAUAGAUGAAGAUAAAGAAAACACACUAGAAAUGAGAUGCAAAAUUCAAAUCCCCGAACUUGACGAAAUAUCAAAACUCAAAGAAAAAAUGAAUCAGCUUUCUUCAAAAUUUGAAGAAAUAAAUAGUAAAAACAAAAACCAAGAUAAUGAUGACUUAAUCAGAAUUCUGGGAGCAGUUGACUUUAAAGAUGCUAAAGACAAAAUAGCGAAAUUUGUAAAACUUGAUGAAAAGUAUAGUUCUUUGAAGAAAACCUUUAAAAAAAUAGCAAAUUUAAUAGUUCAAUGUUCACCUGAAGGAUCAUUUUACUCAAUUCCUAGUCCCCAUCAAGUAUGAAAAUGGAUAACUCGCCUCUUACUCCCCCCCCCCUCCGUGAGUGAACAAAAAAAUUUUGUUCACUCACGGAGCGGGGUUAAUUUUUUUUUUUAAAAAAUUUAUAUAUAAAAUUUUUUAUAAAAUUUUUUUUUCGAAAUUUAAAAAAAAUCUCACUUCUAUAAAAAUUGGAAAGCAAAAAUUAAUUUAAUUUAUAAAAUUUAUGUUUUAAAACGCAAUUUAUUUAAAAUUAAACAGAAUUAGCUUGUAUAAUAAUUAUCACUUAUAUAUCAAAAUUUUUUUCCAUAAAAAUUUUUUCUAUUAAAAAAAUUUUUGUUCACUCACGGAGGGUGGGUUUUUGGGAAAAAAUAGGGAUUUUUCUAAUGGUUUUGUUCACUCACGGAGGGGGGGGAGUUAGAAGAGUAUAUGUCUCUUAAAAAAGGAUCAGAGAAAAUAUGUAAUUGUCUGGAAGCCAAAUCAUUUUCUCAAGCUCUUCAAAUUAUUGAAAAAUCAAUUGAAAAAUUUAAUAAUAAGCAUCAUAUUUAA